UUCUGCGGCUCUAGCCAGCUGUUUCCCGCGUUUUUGAUUCGCGAAUUGCAAUUGGCGAAAGUGCAGCGGGAAACACGGGAAAUAGCACUGGCCGCAGGGAAGCCCGCAACAUGCAACGCAGCCCGGCCACCUAGAAGCCACACUCCGCGCACAGCAAACCCCGAGAGACCGUUUCAAGCCCCGAAGCCAAGCACUCCGCGAGGAAUCGCAGCCAUGUUCGUCCAGGAUCUGCGCAACGACUUCUACCGCCAGCUGGUGGGCAAGCGCAUCCUGAUCGUGGUCAACUACGACAUCGAUGCCAUCUGCGCCAGCCGCAUCCUGCAGGCCCUGUUCAAGUACGACCACAUGCUCUACACGGUGGUGCCCAUAAUGGGAGUCACGGGUCUGAAGAGGGCCUACGGAGAGCACCAGGGCGACGUGAAGUACGUGGUGCUGGUCAACUGCGGCGGCUGCGUGGACAUCGUGGAGCUCCUGCAGCCGGCGGAGGACGUGACCUUCUUCAUCUGCGACUCGCAUCGCCCCUUGGAUGUUUGCAACAUCUACAGCGAUCGGCAGGUGUGCAUCCUGGGGGACGCCUCCUUGGAGGAGAACAUCCCGGCCUUCGAGACCAUUUUCUACGACUCCGAGGGGGAGGACGACGACGAGGAGGGCGAAUCCUCCGACCAGGAGCAGCAGAACAACGACAGUGGCGCCGGGGACUCCGACCAGGAGGACCAGGCUCCGAGGGGCCACAAGCUCAGCCGCCUGGAGCGGCACGAGCAGCGCAUCCUGAAGCAGCGAGUCCGCCGACAAUGGGAGUCUGAGCGCGACAGGAUCAUGUUCGAGUACACACAGUUUAGCUACUAUGGCCGCUCCGCCGCUUUGCUGGUUUUCGAGCUGGCCUGGAAGCUCUCGAAGGACAACAUGGACCUUCUUUGGUGGGCCAUCGUGGGCAUCACCGAGCAGCUGCUGCUGGGCAAGAUCGAGAGCGGAUCGUACACCCUGGAACUGGAGCAGAUCCAGUCGCAUGUGUCGCGGCUGACGAACAAAACGAAUGACCAGAACACGAUGAGUGCCUCAAAGAUUUGCUUCGAGAACGAUUUGCAUCUGGUUUUGUACCGCCACUGGCCCGUCACGGAGUCCAUGAGGUACUCCCGCUACGCCUCAUGCCAACUGAAACUGUGGACUCUGCGCGGCGAGAAGAGACUGCACGAACUCCUGCUCGAGAUGGGACUGCCCCUGGUGCACGCCCGGCAAACGUACGGAGCCAUGGACCUGGUGCUGCGCAAGGAGUUCUACUCGAUGGUCGAACGGCUGGCGGACAAGUACGACAUACCGGACAUUGUUUACGGCACCUUCACACUCAGCUACGGCUACCGCAGCAGGUAUGCGGCGGCGGACUACGUGUACGCCCUGCUCGCCAUUAUGGAGUCGGUGAAGAAGCACAAGACGCCGGAGGACUGCUUUCUGGAGGCCUCCGAUGCCUUGAGUCGUCAGCACAAGCACCUCCUGGCCGCGGGAAUCGACCAGGCGAAACUCUUGCACGCCGCUGUUUUUAGGCAGGUGCAGAGCAGUCUGGAGGCACGCCAAGUGCACUCCGCUGGCUCCUUUUUCUACUACGUUCUGCAGGAGGAGCACGCCUUCUUCUCGUACCCCUAUGCCCUAGGGCUGCUGGCCCGCUUCCUUUUGCGGGGCCAUGUGGCGACGAGUAGAACUAGGCAGGCUCCGGACUUGCCGCUCAUCGCAAGCUGUCCGUUGGACGCCGCGCAGGGCAUGUGCUUGCUGAUCGGGAUAGCCCCGGUUAGGGAGGAUUCGCCGCGCAACUUCUUCGGCAAGGCCUUCGAGCAGGCGGCGCAGAAGAGCGGCGUUGCCCUGUUGCAGGAUUUCUUUGAGCCCGCGGUGGUUCAGCUCCGGCAGAGCGACCUCACCCGCUUUCUGGACGCCCUCACCGUGCUUCUCGCCUGAUCCACACUCACUUCAACCUGCUACCCACAUCCCUGCUCAAUCAUGUUUUGUGCUAAGCUAGCUUUUAAGACGAGAGACCUAAUGUGUAGACCUAAGCCAAGACUUUAAGGAACCCUAUUUAUGUGCGAUUAUAUUGUGUAUUGACUUCGAAAUUGCGCCCAGGACCACGAGAGUACACCUAGGUUAGGAAAUUCUUUUUUUCAACAAAUAUUUGUAAAUCUGACCUAGAAUAAAUUGCGUAUAUGUUUAAAGUGUUUACCAUGGAAUAGAAA